UGAUUUGAAUUCUGGCAGUGCCAGCGGAGAUAAGCUGUGUCAGUGUGGCAUUCGAAUUUUUAGAAUCUGCUCAGUUUAUUAUUAUGAUGCCACGCUGCUUCGUUACAUGCCAUUCAGUGAAUGGCAUUCACUCCUGUUUAUUACUGUAAAAUCUCUUGUUUAUGGCUGCUGAUGGAUGGUUUUAUUCUCGCCACUCACUUUUCUGACUUUAUUUGUCGUUUCGUGGACCUUGGACGUGUUUUGGGGGAUGCAACGUGAUUGUGACGCGGGGCUGGCCAACGAGGUCCCUUCUGCAUGAUUGAAGAGCGAUCCACAUUGGCCAAGAUCCAAGUGCAGUGCUGAUCAUUAAUUGUGUUUUGCUAUCUUGUUAUGGCGUCAACAGGCAGCCCUUGAAGGCCGCUGUGCUGGUGAAAAAGGUUAGACGCUAGUGGGAUUUCGAUUAAGGAUCGACGCGUCACGCGACGGAAGGGAAGUCGUCGGUCUCGCAGUGCAGACACUGCAGAGCGGCAGCGGAUGCUGAAUUGCUGAUGGUGGCAGCUGGCGACAGGCGCGCGCAGUGGCAUCGCAGUCGGACGUCGCGUCAAGGCAGACAUGAGCGGAAUGGAGCAGGCCGUGACGACGGCGCACGCAUCCGUUAUGGUGUACGAUGACGUGAACAAGCGCUGGCUGCCGGCGGGCAGUUCCGGCGUCAACGGCACCUCCAAGGUGCAGAUCUACCAGCACACCCUCAACAACACAUUCCGCGUCGUCGGCCGGCGCAUGCAGGACCACGAGGUGGUGAUCAACUGCGCCAUCCUCAAGGGCCUCAAGUACAACCAGGCCACGCCCACCUUCCACCAGUGGCGCGACAGUCGCCAGGUGUACGGGCUCAACUUCGCCAGCAAGGAGGACGCCGAGGGCUUCGCGGCGGCCAUGGGCCAGGCCGUCGAGGCCCUCAACGCCACCAACCAGGCUCCGAGCCUCAACAGUAAUCCCCCGGGUAACCGGUACGGAAGCACUUCGGCCUCGCUGAGUGCCGCCUUCAUUCAGCAGCAGCAGCAGAUGGGCGGCCUGUACGAGCCGCAACAGCAGCAGCAGUCGCAAUCCAAUCCCUACGGAAACGGAGGCUCGCUGUACGGCCAGAGCGUCAGUGCCGGGUCGGGCGGAGGCCAAGGCCGCGCGCAGCAGCUGCUGACCAACGGCAACACCAACGGCAACGACGACCACGACAUCUACAGCCAGUCCAACUAUGGCCAGCAGCGCGAGGACCACUACGGCAGUCGGCCCGAAUGGACCUCGCAGCCGGCGAUGUACCACACCACCUCCAGCGCCAACAUCACGCUGUCGCAGCCGCAGCCGCGGGGCGUCCCUCCCGGCCACGCCACCUCCAUCCAGAACGUGAGCAGUGCGUCGUCAGCCAACCAGUCCACGGUGCACACCGUCUCCUCGGCGCCCGUUCUGCACCAACCGACGACGGAGACGCAGCAGCAGCCACCGCGUCCGCCACCUCCACCGGCCGUCGUUACCGCUUCCUCGGCUCCCCCGGCGCCGCCCCCACCGCCGCCCAUGACCAGCGGGGCGCCGGCGGCAGCGGGAGGCCUCGCCGCGGCCCUGCAGAACGCCACGUUGAAACGGGCGGCCGGCAGCACCGCGGCGGCUCCGGCAGCGGCCGCGCCGGUCAAAACCGGGUCGGGGCUAAUCAGCGAGAUGCAGGCGACGCUGGCUCGAAGAAGAGCCAAACAGGACCGCAGCGCGGAGGAGAACGGGACGGGCGAUGGCGCCAGCGGCGGCGGUGCGGCGCUGAAGGCCGCGUCGAUAACGGACAAGAAGACGUGGGAGCGGCCGGACGGGGUCGGGCAGCGGUCCAUGUCGCUGUCGGGGCCGAGCGGGCAGGCCGCCAAGAACGCCGCGACGGUCCCGCCGGCGGUCACCACCGCGGCGGCCCACAACAACGGGCUGGUCAACGGGCUGGAGUCGCCCAAGUUCCCCCGCAAGGAGUCGAUGCAGGAGGAGGCGUACCGCUCCAGCGGCCAGCUGGACCGUCUGGACGCCCGCAGUCUGGCCAGCGAGCUGGAGCGCUUCAAGCAGGACCUCCUCGCGGAGGUGCGACGCGAGCUGAACGAGUUCAAGGUGGAUCUCAUUAAAGCUAUCCGACAAGAAAUGGGCCCGCAGCAGCAGCAGCAGCAGCAGCCGUCGUCGGCGAUGCUGAUGGGGCGGCGCUGAAGCCCGCAGUGCUCCCUUUCCCUUCCGGGGACACUUGACCGGGAAGAAGGGAGUCUGCCGUCGGAUCGGAUCGGUGGGAGGAUCUCAGUGUGUAAACGUUUGGCUGCUUGUCUGGUUACUUGCUUUCUUUCAUUCUCGUGCGUUCCGUGUUUUCUACUGGACAUUUGCGUUGGUUUCCUUGGUUGGGCGUUGGUUAAGUUGUUUUUUACGGGCGGCCUUUCCUUUUCCACAGUUGCCGGGACCAGUUGGACCGCGUUUCACUGCAUCAUGCAUGCGUGCCAGCCUUGCAAUACCUGCUCUGCGCGACCGCCGCCGCGUGGCGGUCAGCAGAAUGUAAGUUUAGUCAGGAAGCAGCUUGCUCCUUCUUUUUUUGGUACUUUUGGUUUUAACGAAAGCUUUAUGUGCAUG